GGACCGUCUUCAUUCAGCAGCAACUCUUCAACAGGAGAGAGAGACUCUUGGAAGCACACAGAGAGACAGAAAAGAGACUAAGGCAGUGAGACAGCAGGGACACACACAUCUCUCUGAAGUGUGUGUGUGUGGAGUAUUUUCUCAGCUAUUGUUCUGAAUGGAGCGAGAUGGAUUUGUGGAGCACACAGAGGCUCCUGAGAUGCUCACAGAGGAGGACAUGUGUGUGAUCCAGGACACAUGGAGACCCGUCAACGACAACAAAGAGGACGCUGGAGUCGCUGUACUCGUCAGGUUCUUCGGAGACUUCCCAUCGGCUAAGCAGUACUUCCCUCUGUUCCGUGACAUCCAGGAUCCGGAGGAGAUGCGUCAAAACAUUCACCUGAAGAAACACGCCCUGCGGGUGAUGAAUGCCCUCAACAUGAUGGUGGAGAACCUCCGUGAUGGAGACAAACUCAACAGCAUCUUCCAGCAGAUGGGCAAAUCCCAUGCCAUCAGACACAAGGUGGACCCUGUGUACUUUAAAAUUCUGGCUGGUGUGAUUGUGGAGGUACUGGUAGAAGCAUUCCCACAAUCCUUCAGUGUGCCGUCAGUUCAGGGGUCGUGGUCUAAGCUCUUGGGUGUCCUAUACUGGCAGAUGAAGAGAGUGUACGCUGAAGUCGGCUGGGAGUCCAUCAAAAACAGCACAAAGUGACGGAGAACGACAGCAAAUGGAUUAGUUUAACUGGAUAUAAACAAUCAGCAGGGUGACAGACAGGUGGACAGUCUGAUUCCCGUUCAGACCCCGCCCAUCUUUACUAGACCCCGCCCAGGAACUGACACCAAAGAUUGUUUCAGAAAGCUCAUACACUUGAUUCAUUUCUAUAUUUAAUGGUUAAAAAGACAAGAGUGCUUAAGGAAAUAUAUUCAUACAUUGGCAGUAUUAAAACGGAUAUUUAAUCAUGUAAACACCUUCCCGUAUGCGUUACGUAUGCUCUGAAAUAAACCGUGUUGAUCGAUAAUGGCAUCUGUACAUUAAUUACACAUACUCCAGAUACAUCAACGGCCAGUACACAACCACUUAUCACCUACAAGAAUGUGCAUUUUUGAGUUUAAUGAAUAAAAAAUCGUAACAAAUAUUGAGUGCAAUUUACGUGAAUGAUUUUGGAAGAGAUUGGGUGUUUUUGUAAUUGUGCUGUGUGUGUCCGUCCGGUGUGCACUACUAAUCAAAAUGAAUCACAGGGAUUAAUGUGUGAUAGACUUCUUUUUGUACUUAAUAUAAACUUUUGUAACUGUGAAAUAAUCAGUUAUUCAGAAAUAAAAUCUGAAGUU